UGCCUGGAGAUGGAGGAAGAAACUAUGCUCAACUUCUUCCCUGGUGGCCUGCGGGUCAUGAUUGUUGACCGUGACAUGAAGGCAGCGAGGAUCGCAACGGCGAAGCUGUCAGGCCUCAACUACCCAGUGGUGGCAACACAUUUCACCCCAAGGGCCGGUUUGCGAGCCCUCCAUGGCAACAAGAUGGUGGGCGUCCAAGCUGUCAUUUGCGACGUGCACACGCUGGUUUCCUCCCGUUUCGACUUCCGCCUGUUCGUUGAGACUAAGUUCCACAUCCCUGUCAUUUACCUUCUUUCGAUGGAUAACAUGGUCGCCGAUGAGGACAAAGCGUUCCGUAACAACCUUCUGGAGACGGCAACCUAUAUCAUCAAGAAGCCACUAGACAGCUUGAGCUCCAACGUGAUGGCCCAGCUGUGGAAGGUGGUGGCAUGGCGCAACUACUCUCUGAAGUUGACAAACAUGGUUCCACCCAUUGACGAGGCAACUCAUGCUGGUGUUGUUGGAGGUGAUGAUGACGACAUUAGUAUCAUCGAGAAGUCGCAGGUCCUCUUGAAGGCGAUGAUGGCUGGUGGUAGCCGCAAGAGGCAGUUGACCAUCAACCUCGACGACAGCAAUCGUGGCAGUGGCAGCGGUGAAGGAGAUGAUUCUUCUAAACCCCAGAAACACCGGGUUACAUGGACACCGUGCCUCGAGCGCAAGUUUGAGCGUGCGGUGCAACAUAUCGGCGUGGGUGCGAAGCCAAGAAAGAUACUGGAGCACAUGAACGUGGAAGGGCUGAUGAGGCAUCAUAUUUCCAGCCACUUGCAGAAAUACCGCGCGAGGAAACAUAAGAAGGACCUAGACGAGCGCCCUCCGACGACCCUCCGUGUCCCGGACUCCCUGUUCUUGAAGGCAAUCCUUCCGACGCUCAAUGCCUCGCCGCGCAACCCUCUUACCCUGAUCGGCAACGCGGCGAUCUCCUUCAACAACAACGUCGUGCCGGCAGCCGUGCAGGCGCCGGCGAUGGGGCAGAAGCUGUACCUCGGGCCCUUUUCCUACCAAGGUCUUCCGCCACCUUCCACGCAGCAGAACCACAUCGGAGCUGCUGGUGCGGGUGGCUCUCUCAUGGCGCCACCGGUGGAGCCGACGUUCAGUCUGACUGAGCCCAUCAUGGCGAGUCUGGCGACCCAUGGCGAGGACGCCGGCACCGACGGCGCCGUUGUCACAUCGGAGGAGAAAGUGGCGGAGGUAGUGGUGGAGGCAGAGCCGUUCAUGGUGCCCGAUCAAGUUUCUGCUCCGUUUGCUGCUGAAUAAGACACCGUGUCGUUCUCUCUGGCAUCUCUCAUGGGCCAGCUAGACGAUGAUGACAUGAUGCUGCCUAUGGAAGAGGGCGGUGUGGCUGACGCCAACGCUACUGGUGACGGCGUUGCAGCUGGUGGCUCACCGAGUGGAGAGGAAGGCAGCUGGACCUGGACCUGGACAACAUCCUCAUGAACAACGAGAAUGAAUUUGCCUUCCUGGAGGAGGAGACCAGGAGCGAGUAGUUAAUUAGUAAUCAGCCAUGGCUAAUAAAUUACCUCUAGUUAAGGUAGAGAAGAUUAGAGAGUGGGGAUGUGUGAACUCUCUGUGAUAAACCAACUUUUAAUCGUGUUGCAAGUACUCCAAACAUGCGUGGUUUUUCCUUCAUUAAUUAAU